AUGGUCGAAAAGAGGGAUAAUGAAAAUGAAGAGCCAAUGGAAAGGAUUGAAAGAGAAGAAGAACUUUUCGACUAUCUGAGAAAACUACUAAGCUACUUGAGAGAUACGGGACGUUUUCUCAAGAUCUAUUGGAAGAUAGUUUUCGCACUCUUCUGGGCGCUCUUUCUUUUACCUUUCCUUUUAAUUUAUGACUGUUCGGAAGUCAGAUGUGCAUAUGUGGUGUUGCUGAUGGGCGGCUACUGGGUGACUGAUUGCUUCCCUACGGCAAUAACAUCGCUAAUUCCAAUAGUGAUGUUUCCGGCAUUAGGUAUACUCAGUACAGCGGAUACGUGCGCUUGUUAUAUGAACGAUACUAUAAUGGUAUUCAUCGGCGGUUUGAUCCUCGCCAUCGCUAUCGAACAUAGUAAUUUGCAUCUCAGAAUUGCUCUCGGGGUUAUGAAAAUGGUUGGCUGUAGCCACGCGAAACUACUCGGUGGUCUCUGCAUUGUUACAACUUUUAUAUCCAUGUGGGUGUCAAAUACUGCAGCCACCGCUAUGAUGGUGCCUAUCAUAUUCGCCGUCCUACGCGAAUUAGAACAGGCUGGAGUGGGUAGAGUGUUCAGAUCGAAAAUAAUAGAUCCUGAAAAACCGGAUAUUCCACCCGAGAUAAGACCGACGAAAAUAACAAAGGCGUACUUGUUAGCUGCGGCUUAUUGCUCGACGUUCGGUGGAACAGGAACAUUGGUGGGGACUGGCACAAAUCUGACUUUUAAAGGAAUCUACGAGAGCACAUUUCCCGAAGCCGAGGGAAUUAAUUUCACUGAUUGGAUGAUCGCGUCUUUUCCUCAGAUGAUCGUCAAUUCCUUCCUCACUUGGAUAUACGUGCGAAUCGCUUUUCUGGGAUAUCUGAGGCCGCACAGUAAAGACGCUGAAAUGGCUACAAUUGGACAUGAAGGAGAAGUCGUUACUAAUCAAGUUAUGCAAGAAAGAUAUAAAAAUUUGGGAUCCAUAACUUUUCACGAGUAUGGAGUCGCCACAUUAUUCUUGACAUGCGUAUUUCUUUGGAUAUUCCGCAAACCCGGUUUCAUAGUCGGAUGGUCCGAAUUAGUCACUGAUAUAGACCUCAAAGAUUCAGUACCGGUGAUAUUCGUUUCUAUCCUGAUGUUCUUCAUUCCGAAAGACCCCAGCUUCAUUUACAGUUAUAGUCAAGAUCCCGCUAAAAGGCCAAAAAGAUCGUCGGAAGGUUUAAUGACGUGGAAAGUAAUCGAGACCAAGAUGCCGUGGAGUCUAAUGUUUUUAUUGGGCGGUGGUUUCGCAAUCUCGCGUGGAAGUGUUGCGUCCUGUAUGGCAAAACGAAUCGGCGAAGCUCUGCUACCGCUUCGCUACUUACCACCCAUCGUAAUACUUGCCUUGGUAUGCUUCUUUGAAGGUAUCAUAACGGAAUUCACCUCGAACGUGGGUAUCGCGAAUAUCACUCUACCAGUGAUAGCUCAAAUGUGCGUAGCGAUGGAGAUCCAUCCCAUGUAUUUGAUGAUACCAGCUACGUUGAUGUGCUCAUUCUCAUUCCGUCUGCCGGUUGGAACACCACCGAAUGCAAUCAUAACCAUCGCCGGACAUAUCCCAACUAAUUGGUUAAUCGCCGGAGGCUGCGCGCCUGCAAUCUACAGUUUGAUAGUAGAAGUUAUCUUGUUCCCAACGUGGGGUGUUUUCAUUUAUGGAAUUCAGGAUUUUCCUAAUUGGGCCAGACAUGCUGAAACAGGAAAUAAUAUGAAUACAACCUGUUAA